CCGCGUGCGUUGGUUCGAUGACGAGCGUUUGUUCGUUGACUCGCGUUCGGAUUUUGACACGGUUCCUAUCUACGCUUUCGCGACGAGAGGGACACUCGUUCCCCACGGCCGAGCGAGCUUCAGCGGUGGUACUACGUUGAGUUAUUCGAGGGACAGACGGAACGCCCCAAAAAUUUUCGAGGCAGUGACAGACCGACGCGGCCGACGAUGUCACGAUGUAAGAACAACGUAAGCGACGUCUGCUCCUUUGCUCUCUGAAAUUUCCGCUCCCAGAGCUAUGUUACUGUGAGGAUCGUAAAACGCGUUGGUAAAACUUGAACGAUCGUAGCUUUGCUAACGAUGGUUUUCAACAAGAAGGAUCUGAUGGGCGGCAAGGCGUUCUCGCCGAGCAGAACCGUGAAAACGGGGAUCAGGAGGCGGCUGCCGGCCGGCGGCGGAUCGGCCAAGCCGGGCACGAGCAGCGGUUCCACGAUGAAGACCGAGGACACCUCCGAGAUAUCGAUCAAGGUGAUCGUGAGAGUUCGUCCGCACAACGAGCGUGAGCUGCAGGACAACAGCAGGAAGAUCAUCGAGGUUGUGGACGACAGGAUGUUGAUCUUCGAUCCGAAGGAGGAUGCGACGCCCUUCUUCUUCCACAACGUGGCGCAAAAGGGUAGGGACAUGCUGAAGAAGCAGAACAAGCAGCUGCAGUUCAUCUUCGACCAAGUCUUCGACUCGAUAUCCACCAAUAUCGACGUAUUCGAGGGGAGCACCAAGAGCCUGAUCAACAGCCUUCUGGACGGCUACAAUUGCUCUGUGUUCGCCUACGGUGCCACCGGCGCCGGUAAGACUCACACUAUGCUGGGUAACAGGGACGACCCUGGUAUCACGUACCGCACCGUGGCGCAGCUCUUCUCCGAGAUCGAGAAACAGAGCAAACAUCGCGAGUUCAACUUGGGCGUGUCCUACCUGGAGAUAUACAACGAGAAUGUGCAGGAUUUGUUGCACAAGUCGUGCCAAUUGCAUCUGCGGGAGGACGGUAGAUGCGGGGUCGUGGUCGCCGGAUUAGAGCCGACUGCUAUCCAGAACGCCGAGGAGCUGCUGUCGCUGUUGGCGGAGGGUAAUAAGAAUCGCACUCAACAUCCGACGGACGCGAACAAGGAGAGCAGCAGAAGUCACGCGGUUUUCCAGGUGUACAUCAAGAUAAUCAACAAGCUGGACAGUCAGGUGCAACGAGUCAAGCUGUCUAUGAUCGACUUGGCAGGAUCCGAGAGAGCCUCGGCCACCGGAUGCAAAGGUGUGAGAUUUAAGGAGGGCGCCAAUAUCAAUAAAUCUCUCUUGGCUCUUGGGAAUUGCAUAAAUAAUUUAGCAGACGGUAUAAAAUAUAUUCCAUACAGAGAUUCGAAACUCACGAGGCUAUUGAAAGAUUCGCUCGGCGGUAAUUGCCACACCGUUAUGAUAGCUAAUAUCGCCCCUUGUAAUGUCACUUAUGAAGAUACAUAUAAUACUUUAAGAUACGCGAAUCGGGCGAAGAAGAUCAAGUCGUACGCCAAGAAGAAUGUAUCCUGCGAGAUGCACGUUGCCGGCUACAUCAAGAUAGUGGAGGAGCAGAAGAAGGAAAUUGACGUUUUGAAAGCGAAAUUGGCCGCCUUCGAGAAUGGAACGGUGCAACCGGUCGUCGAGAAUAAGCCAAGCGCUGUCAUGCUGGACACGUACAACAAGCUGGUAAAAUUACACGAGAGGAAGAAGAGUUUGAUGGAGAAAAUGCUGGCUCUGGAGAGCUCCUACAAGAUCCUGGCGUGCAGGAUACUCUACAAGAAGGACGCCGAUGAGAGACUGCACAAUCUAACGACGGCUGGCGACGCGUUGUCACUGGAGGAACAAAACGCCAGCGGGAAGUCGCGCAUUAACAAGUCUUUACAUUAUUUCGAGCGGCAGAGAGAGUCCUUUAAGGCGCAAAUGCAAGCGACAUGGCAGGAAUUGUGUUCGGUCGAGACCGAGAUACAGGAGAUGAAAACUAAGUCUCUCGAUGAGAAUCUGCAGAAUAAACUGUCUCUGGAGAUUUUCAAGAUUGAGAAAUGCUGGAUCACUAGUAUGCAACAGCACAUGAAGAAGCUCAGUAGUCUCCUGCAGUGCGAGAGGCAGUCGAUCAACACGAUAACGAAAAGCAUGAGUAAUACGCUGCAAAAUUACUACAAUAUGGUGAAAGGCUACGGUACGAUGACCGAUAAGAUGCAACUAGAGUUUAAGGAGUUAAUAAAAUUACUCGAGGGUAUAAGAAAUAUCAAAUGGUCGGAUUCGGACGAGAUAAGCAAAGUGGACGAUUUCAGUAUGUUUACGUGUUUGAGCACGGUCGGAAUGGAUCCGUUGAAUAAUGUGAUGCCAGUGACACCAGAGAUGGACGAUGAGGAGCACGAUGUCUGCAAUAUGAAUGUGAACUCCACUUUCAGCACAGAAAAUAAUAUCGACAGCAACAUCUCCAAUCUGAACGACGAGGGUAAUAGUCACGAAAAUGGUAAAUUUAUUCUGAAAGACGAAUCUGUGCAAGAAACUCCGCGGGAAAAGAUUGUUGCGAACAGCAUAAUCAGGAAGCGUGUAUUAAAUGACAAAAACAGUGAAAACAGCAGUACACCGUCCAAGCAGACGAAAAAACUGACAACGAAUAACAAGGUACAGAGUACUGGUCGCGUGGACAAGGAGAACAAGCAGAGGCCUAUACAAAUGAGUGCAAAAAGUAUCUCCAUUUUAAAUAAAUUAAAGAGCGAUGCAACCAAUAUUUCAUCUCUUUCCCGGCACAAUAAUUCCGAGGAAAAAACAGACAUGGCGUUUAAGGCGGUGCGUAAUAAGGAGAGGCGCGGCCUUAUGACGACCCAUCCAUAUCAAAAGCCAAACAUUGGGAAAAAACCCGCUCCAGCUCUACCAUCUACUAGAGUUCCAUGGUAAUAUUAGACAAAAAUUUGGUACCUGGACGCAAGAUUCAAGAGAUGGUGGCCUUACAAACAUUGCGUUAAGUAAUAAGACUUUUAACAAGAUUUUUUUUUAAAUAGAUGCAAGAUUUUAAAUAAUAGAUACUAUUGACUAUAUGAAAGAGUAAAGUCAAGUAUUCUAAUAAAAUGACUUCUUUUAAUGUUAUCUAAGUAUGUUUUUUUAGCUUAAUGCAAAAAAAGAUAUAUAAUUGUGCAAGCAGUAUCUCUCUUUCUCUCUCUUUCUCUCUCCCUUUCUCUGUGCAUGUUUAGAAAAUAAAAUGAUAAAAAUUUAUAAUUGUAAACUAUAUCGUCAUUCGUGUAUUUGUGUAUGAUGUAAUCUCGUAAUCUCUUGAAAUUUAUUCAAGACUGAACGAAACGGCACAGACAUAGCAAAAUACUGCUCAAUAAUCGUAACUUGCAUUUUGUUUUUGGAAAGUAUAUUAUUUUGUGUAAUAUUUUAUACAAGUACCGUCAAAAAAAAAGAGAAAGAAAGAAAGAGAGAGGGAGAGAGAGAGAAAGAAGGUGCAUUUUACUAUUAAAAUGCUCCGUAUACCAAACUUACAAUUAAGAUUCGCAUCACAUAAAUAAAAAUGAAAAAAUUACAUUAGAUUAUAUAUAUAUUGACAAACCAAGUUUCUGCUGUGUAGAGAAUGUCGACUAAUUGUAUGUAAUCUUUAAGGAAAGAAUAAAUUAUUUACGUAAAUUUC